ACACACGCAAAAAUGGAGGAAGCGAAUAAACUCCCCGAUAAAAAAGUGCAAGAGAAGGACGUGGAGAAUCAGCAGCAUGCGUACGACGAUACGAGCAGUCUGGCCAAGGGCGACAUUCUGCAACUCGAGCACACGGAUCCGGUGCUCAAUGCGAAGAUGCACCUCGUCAACAACGCGAUAGACGAGAUUGGAUUUACUCGCUAUCAGUGGAGGCUCUUUGUCCUCAACGGCUUCGGCUACGCAGUCGACUCGCUCAUUCUGCUCAUCCAGUCCGUCAUCUCGGCGCAAGCUGUCCUCGAGUUCAACCCCAGCUACCGCAAUGGCCUCACCAUCGCCGCGUAUGUUGGUAUGCUGGUCGGUGCCCUCUUCUGGGGACUUACGGCGGAUAUCAUGGGUCGCAAGAUUGCGUUCAACUUGAGCUUGCUCAUCUGUAGCGUAUUCGCCAUCGUGGCCGGCGCAAGUCCAAACUGGGAGGUGCUGGGGCUCUUUAUCUGCCUGAGUUCGUUUGGAGGUGGUGGCAAUCUGGUCCUCGACACGGCUGUGUUCCUCGAGUAUCUUCCAAGCUACCGGCAAUGGAUGUUGACGCUCAUGGCCGCGUGGUGGGGCAUUGGUCAACUGAUCGCUGGGUUUUUUGCCUGGGCCUUCCUCCCCAACUACAGCUGCGCAGACCCCGCAACCACCCCCAAUGCGCCCCCUUGCACCCGAGCCAACAACCAAGGCUGGCGCUACGUCUGGUACGCCUCGGGCUCCCUCGUCUUCGUCAUGUCCAUCCUGCGCAUCACCGUGAUCCGGCUCAAAGAAACGCCCAAGUUCCUCGUCAGCGAAGGCCGCGACGCCGAAUGUGUCGAAACGCUCCAGUUCAUCGCGAACAAGUACAACCGCCCCUGCAGCCUGACGCUCGACGUUAUGCAGGCGUGUGGCACCAUCGAGAAGCGCGCAAGGGACGGCAAGAGCAAAUGGGGCUUUGGCGAAGUGUGGAUCCACCUCAAGGGCCUGUACGCGACGAAGCGCAUCGGCAUCUCCACUUCGCUCAUCUGGCUCUCGUGGACGCUGAUUGGACUUGCCUAUCCGCUGUACAACGUGUUUCUUCCUGCCUAUCUGGCGUCCCGUGGCGCGGCGUUUGGCCAGCCUAGCGCGUACAUUACCUGGAGGAACUAUACGCUUGUGAAUUUCUCGGGCAUCUGGGGACCGGUGCUUGCUGGGUGGCUGUGUUCGACUAGGCUGGGCAGGAAGUAUACCAUGGUUGUGGGGGCGCUGAUUACCAUGGCUUUCUUCUUUGCGUAUACGCAGGUCCGGACUGCGACGCAGAAUGUGGUGUUUACCUGCCUGAUCAACUUUUUCCUGAACAUCUAUUACGGCACGCUGUAUGCGUAUACGCCAGAAGUGCUGCCGAGCGCGCACAGAGGCACGGGUAAUGGAAUUGCAAUUGGGUGGAACAGGGUCAUGGGUAUCCUCUCUGCGGUCAUUGCUACGGUUGCGGAUACUGGAACCGCCGUGCCGAUCUACAUUUGUGCGGCGCUGUACAUCUUCAUGGCUGCCAUUGCGAUCGCGUUCCCUUUCGAGCCAUACGGGAAGCGUAGUUCGUAAGAUGUGGG